AAGAAUGAAUUCAUCCGAUUUCGGCAACAAGGUUGCUUCAUCCAACUGUGACUCUCCCUCUUCCAUUCUUCCCCAAUCGAAAUUCCAAAUCCCCUCCGCCCCCGAUUCCGUAUCCCUCAAUUGCACGAAUUCGAUCCGGCAGCGAGGUGAUGGGCGCCGCCGAUGCUGAUGCUGCGGCGACUCUCCGUUCCGCCGUUGCCCCUGCAAACCUAUCCCUCAUUUCCGCCUUGCUCGCCUGUGCAGUUGCUCAGUUCCUCAAACCUUUCACUACUUGGUUGAAGGAUAAAAAAUGGGAUUCUAGAAAGAUGGUUAGCUCAGGUGGAAUGCCGUCAUCACAUUCAGCGACUGUCACUGCUCUUGCAACUGCAAUUGGCUUGGAAGAAGGAGUAGGAGCAGCAUCAUUUUCCAUUGCAGUUGUCUUGGCAUGUGUUGUGAUGUACGAUGCUACUGGCAUUAGACUUCAUGCGGGUCGGCAAGCUGAGUUAUUGAAUCAAAUUGUGUGUGAAUUGCCCCCUGGGCAUCCGGUUGCUAAUGUCAGACCUCUUCGGGAUUCGCUAGGCCACACUCCACUGCAGGUUUUAGCAGGUGCUUUGUUGGGAUGUUUGGUGGCAUUCCUCUUGAAAAUAAGUUCUACAUAAUAGCAUUUACUUUCCUUUGAUAUGUCAAAAUUGCUUAUAAUCUUCUGAAGAGUUGGAAAAGAAAUUACGAGAACAUGAAGAAUCUGCAUUGAAGAUUUUAUUUAUGUAAAGCUGGUUUGAUUUAGAUGUAAUCCUGUUACAAGUCGAAUAUUUGUUCAAAUGACACUGAACUGUGUAGUGUAUGGGCUCGUGAAGUUUCUCUCAAAAUGUUCCUGAAUGCACUGGGGUCAUCUAGCCUGGUGUACGGGUUCGUUUCA